AUGAGGUAUGCUACUGAUGGGGACUUGCCGGAAGAGGAAAAGUCGAAUACGCUGGCGGGGUGUGAUAACGAGGAAGAAAUUAAUUAUGAGAACACUAUUCCCCAAAUGGUGGAGACGGUUGAGAUUACCCAAACAAUCAAUGUUGGAAAUUUAAUUCAUACUGGGGAGAAUGUCGCACAUAUGGAAUUUGCCCCAAAACCAAGACCUGAAGGCAUGGUGGAUAUUGAACCCAUUAAAAACCUUGUUCUUCUUGGAUGCUUUUGCCCAUUCCCUAAUAACCCAAACUCACCCUUCUCCUUCAAAACACCGGCCUGCAUCCAUAAUACCAAUUCAAAGAAAAACUCUAAAAGCGCUGGGCGCACGACUAACAAACAGAAAAGAAUUAAAUCGCCAAUUCAGUCCAAUAAACAAUUACCACCAUCCAUUCAUUUGUCAUAG